UAAAUUUAGAAUAAUAAGCAAAUGAACCCGUUUGAAAAAAAUCGUUUUCUGUUUUGGCCAUAAGAUAGAUUGUUUGCAAACUAAUCAGUUUAACUAAAAAAACAAAACCCCAUUUUCCAUAAGCGUACAUGAAGAUAAUCUUUGAUGCAUAAUUAAAUUAUAUGGCUUUCUAAAGAUGGUUAAAAAAUCGAACACAUCUAUUGUGGUAAUACCUAAUUAUUAAAUACAUGUGUAGUGCAGUGUAACCUUCUCACCAAAUCAAGGAAUAAUACAGAGCAUUUUGUUUGCUACAAGACAAAAUAACCCAGCUCUGACCACCACCUAUUUUUUCUCGAACCCCAAAAGAGUGCAUGAGCGGAAUUAAUUUUGUCCACCCAUUAAUGGAUUUUCAGUAGCCAACAAAUUUUAAUUCAAAGUAACAUUAUAUGUACGAUAAAUAUGGUAGUAGCUUAAUCAAUCAGUAUGUUAGUGUCAAUUAAGAAAAUAAAAUACGUAUAUUAUGAUUAUGAGGAGGUGACUGGGUGCCGUCUGACAUGCAGUAGUCGUUCACUGAAAAAAAAAAACAAUUUACCAAAGUUAACCAUUAUGUUCUUUGUCUGUAAAUGGCCUUCAAGUUAACCAUUAUGUGUGUUUUCUGAUUUUAUCAGUAAACUGAUGACAUCUUUAAAUAUACAUAUUACAUUUUACAUUCAGAGAUAUAUAUUUCCAUAGGUGUCUGCGCAAUAUUAUAUAUGAGUCUCUGAACCAUCAUCCAUUGGUAUUAAGCUGCACAGUUAAAAAAUCAGUUUAGAUAAAAAACGAUUUUACUGAGAGGUUCUUUAUUUUGAAAUACUCUAGACAGGAUACAGAAGAGAUCGCCAUUUAUCUAAAAAGAAGUUAGUAUUUAUUGGUCUUUUUAUUUGAUGAGCAACAAUAAACAAAUGCAAAGGACAAAUUCGUCAAAAGAAAAACAAUGAUAUGGGUUUCAGACAUGAAAAUAUAAAACACCACAUAGCUCCCGAGAAAGAACUGUAUGCUAUUCUCAUCUCUUUCACAAACCCCCCCAAUCUCCAGCAAGAAGGCCAUCUCUCUCUGUCUCAUCGAACCUUAACUCGCUCCCAGCCCCACACACGUCACACGUGUGAUCUAUUCAUCAUCAUGAGCUCCUCCCCAGUCGUGAAAGGCCUAACCGACGAGGAGCACAAAACCCUCGAACCAGUUAUCAAUACUUACCACCAGUUCGAACCGGACCCAACCACUUGCACUUCUCUCGUAGCCCAAAGAAUCGACGCUCCCGCCUCCGUGGUUUGGCCUCUCAUCCGCAGCUUCGACAACCCACAACGCUACAAACACUUCGUCAAAAGCUGCCGACGCGUGUCGGGCGACGGCGGCGUCGGGAGCGUCCGGGAAGUUACUGUAAUCUCCGGCAUCCCAGCCUCCACCAGCACAGAGCGGCUCGAGUUUCUCGACGACGACCACCGUGUCCUGAGCUUUAGGGUUGUUGGUGGAGAGCACCGGCUUAACAACUACAAAUCGGUGACGUCGGUCAACGAGUUCUUGAAUCAAGAUUCCGGAAGAGUCUACACGGUGGUUCUUGAAUCCUACACGGUUGAUGUUCCCGAGGGGAACACGGUAGAGGACACCAGAAUGUUUGUGGACACUGUCGUCAAACUCAAUCUUCAGAAACUCGGUGUUAUCGCCACUGCUGCACCUACGCACGAUUGAUUUCAAAAUUUCAUUUCUCCUUUCCCAUAAUUAUUUACUUAAUUUGCGAGUUUUUUUUCUUUCUAUUUUAAACUACUGGAAGCAAAUGUCUGUCUGGUUCAUAAGUGAAGGAAAACAAUGUUGCCUAAGGCAUAUCAUUUCUCGUUUGUUUCCAAUAAAUGGCUAAUCAAGAGUUAUGUUAUUUGGUAUUCCUUUUUUCUCUAAUUAAUUAUGUUUGUCCUAUUUUGAUGAUGAAUUCGUGAUAUCAAAGAUAGUAUUAA